GGGUGCCAUCUUCUUCGCCUCUUACAUGUUAAAUAAUCAACCGUUAGUGUUAGAAAUUCCAGAGACCCCAAGAAACAAGAGAGCACAGGAAGAAAAAAAAAGCAGCAGCAGCAGAGUAACCAUGGCCUCAGUUUUUUCUAAUAACGGCAUUUUCAACCUCUCAAAAGCUUUCCCUCAAUCCUCUUCUCUGCCCCUCCAUCGCAAAGCCUCUCGGGUUUGCUUCACUUACGCCUCCAAAUCCUCUCAGGAACCAAAUGCAGCACAAAGAGUUGAGGAACUACGUUAUGACGCGGGGAAUAAAGUCAGUGAGAGUGCUAAAUAUGUCGGGGACAUCGCUUCUGAGACGACCGAGAAAGCCAAAGACAAUCUGAAAAAAAGCACCGAGAAAACUCAAGAACAAGCUACAGAAGCGAAUGAGAUAGUGAACGAAAAAGCGAGCAGAGCAGCUGAAAUGGCAGACGACACAAAGGAGAAAGCCAAAGAACAAGCACAGGACAUGCAGGAGAAGACAAAGGGCGCAGCCGGGACAGCAACCGAGAAGGUCAAAGAAGGCACCCACAGAGCGGCCGAGACAGCGCAGUACGCAGAAGAGAGAACUGAAGAGGCGGCGGGGUCAGCGGCCGAGAAGUUGAAGGAAGGGACGAGUAAGGCGGCGGAGACGGCACAGAAUAUAGGCGAGAAAGCGAAUCAGACGGUGCAGGGGGCGUGGGAUGUGGCGAAGGAGACUACACAGAAGGUCAAAGAGACGGUGGUUGGUAAGUCUGAGGCUGUUGAUGAUUAUGUGAAGAAGACCAUGGAUGAAGAUGUUCCAAAGUGAAUUGAGUAAUAAUUUAGUGAUGGUGUGUACGUAUUUAAGUUUCGUGCUUUUUUUGGUGUUUACGUUUUUUAUAUGUGCCUUUUGAGGAAUGUGAUGUAACCAUGUAGAACCUAAUUUAAUUUUCGCAAGGCUGAUGAUAUGGUUUUGUGGAAUGAAUUAGUGUCUAAUUAAACUCAAAAAUAUAUAUAUGUAGCUUCAUUUUCUUAACA